AUGAUGCGGUCCCUCGCGCAGCUCAAGGCCCUCGUGGUGCCUCUGCUCGCGCUGUGUGCGCAGGUCAGCGCGAAGCACGACACGAUGGUCAACUCGCAGAUACGCCUCGCGUACGUGGGAGACACCGCCAUGAGGGUAUCGUGGAGCGCCUUCGACAAGGUCGACCGUCCCGUCGUAUUCUACGGAAAGACGCCUUCUGCCCUAGUCUACGCCGCCUCGUCCGACGAGUCCGUCACCUACAACACCUCGUCGGUCUACGCCAACCAUGUGACCAUUGAAGGACUGGAGCCGGACACUGUCUACUACUACUCCCUGCCGCAGCAUCUCAUUUGCGACAAUGAGGCCCACGCCCAGCCUCCUUUCAGCUUCCGCACCAGCAGGUCCCCCGGGGAUAUGACGCCCUACUCGGUCGCGGUGGUCAUCGACAUGGGCACUAUGGGACACAAUGGAUUGACCACCUCCGCCGGCCAGGGUGUGAAUCCCAACAACAUCCUCCGGCCUGGCGAACAAAACACCAUCCAGUCCCUCGACGCGGUCAAGGAUGACUACGAAUUCAUCUUCUACCCCGGCGACUUCGCCUAUGCCGACGAUUGGCUCGAUGAGGAGUCUGAGGGCUUCCUGCCGAACACCACCAUUCAGGAGGGCUAUGAGGUCUAUCAGUCUAUCAACAACGACUUCUACGACGAGAUGACGAAAAUCUCCACCGUCAAGCCCUGGAUGGUCGGCGCCGGCAAUCACGAGGCCAGCUGCAUCCCGGACGGCGUCGAGACCUACAACGGCAUCUCCUACAACGCCAGCCUCAUCUGCCAGCCCGGCCUCACCAACUUCACCGGCUAUAGGAACCACUGGCGCAUGCCAUCCGACGUUUCCGGCGGCCAGGGCAACUUCUGGUACAGCUUCGACAACGGCAUGGUCCACUGGAUUAUGCUGGAUACGGAGACUGACCUGGGCGAUGGCUUUAUCGGGCCGGACCAGACAGGCGGCGUCGAGAAGGAUAUUGCAGGCCCCUUUGGACCCUACGCUAACGCGCAGCUCGACUGGCUGAAAAAGGACCUCGCCUCGGUUGACCGCACUAUAACACCGUGGAUCAUCGUCGGCGGCCACCGCCCCUGGUACCUUUCGUACGCCAAUCAGUCCACCACCAUCUGCUGGGACUGCAAGGACGUCUUCGAGCCCUUGUUUCUCGAGUACGCCGUCGACCUCUACCUGUCGGGCCAUGCACACUUCUACCAGCGCUCUGCCCCGCUCAACAACAGCGUCAUCGACCCCAGAGAGCUCGAUAACCCGACCUCUCCUUGGUACAUCACCAACGGCGCCGCCGGUCACUACGAUGGCCUCAGCGAGGGCACCAACCCACCAGCACCCUACGAGCGCUUCCGACUCGACGAGAGGGAUGCCACCUACGGCUGGUCCAAACUGACUUUCCAUAACAGAACCCACCUAACCCACCAGUUUGUCGCUUCGGGCAACGGCAGCAUCCUGGACACUGCUACCCUCUACAAGGAGCACUAG